UCUGUUGUGCUAAUCUUACUUAGGUCAAAUUAAAUGGGGCCCGGUACACAUUUUUUACAUGCAGAAAGUUCAAACCGCCAUUCAGUACGGGAUCUUGUGCUAUAUAGUAUCCCGGUUUUUAUUUCACCUAAUACAUGUUGAUUCGAGAUUUUUUUUCGUUCGCUAGGCAGUCCUCAGACCGACUGUUGAAUUCGUUGUCAACAAUUCUAUCGCAGAUCUAAUUAAAGUGGGUGCAGACAUUUCCAUUCUUACCAAUGGCAACUAUCAACCGCCUCACAAGGUUGCUUUCUCGAAUGCAAUUUUGUUCUUUGGCACCCCAAAAAACAUCUAAUCAGUGGGGUGUAGCAGGGGUGGAUAGGGAGCAAUGGAAUCACUUGUUUAAGAAAGAGGAACCUGAAGCAAGGAAUGUUCGGUGGAUUUUUCUUGGUUGCCCUGGAGUUGGUAAAGGAACUUAUGCUAGCAGGCUAUCAAAGCUGUUGGGUAUUCCACAUAUUGCCACAGGGGACCUUAUUAGGGAGGAGCUCACACAGUCUGGGCCUUCUGCAAACGAGUUGGAAAGUAUUGUGAAUCAAGGGAAACUAGUUCCAGAUGAUAUUAUUUUUAAUCUAUUGGCCAGGCGUCUUGAAAAGAGUGCCUUGAAAGAUGAAACAGGAUUUAUUCUUGAUGGGUUUCCAAGAACAAUAAACCAAGCUGGGAUCCUAGAAAAAGUGACGGACAUUGAUCUGGUUGUCAACCUCAAGCUCAGGGAAGAAGCCUUGCUUCAGAAAUGCUUGGGAAGAAGAAUAUGCAGCCAGUGUGGAGGCAAUUUCAAUGUAGCAUCAGUAAAUGUUGAAGAACAAGGAGGACAGCCAGCCAUACGCAUGGCUCCUCUUCUGCCACCUCCAAGUUGUGAGUCCAAGCUGAUAACCAGGGCAGAUGAUACAGAAGAAGUUGUGAAAGAAAGGCUGCGUGUCUAUCAUGAUAAGAGCCAACCCGUUGAAGAGUUCUACCGUAGCAGAGGAAAACUUCUUGAAUUUGAGCUGCCAGGAGGCAUUCCCGAGUCGUGGCCGAAGUUAUUGGCUGCCUUGAAUAUAGAAGAAAAUGAAGAAAAAGACAGAUUGGUUGCUUAAAUUUCAUCAAGGAGUUCUGCAUCGGAAUUUUUUUAUAUUUCUCCUGGGCAUGCAAACUGCUCUGAGCUGAUGUGGGACUGAUUUCAAAGCUUUAACUAACAUUCUGUUUUUAUUGUAAUGCGGGAUUCUUGCUUGUGAAUUUAUUAUGGGAAAGCACAUUAAAAUGUACUGUCCCGAACUAAUGGGGAUUGAUUUCAUUGUAUCAGUUAGCAUUGUCAUUUACACCUUAAUGUGCAAUGCUUAUUUUUGUUACAUUUGCCAAGGGCAAGCUUUGAAAAAAAUUUUAAAUAAAGUUCUAGUGAGAGCUAGCUUUGAAA